AUGGCCAAAGGGCGUACGGGAUUAUUAGAUUGCCGCAUUGAAGUGCGAAGGUAUAGGCUCGUCUUAAGACCUUCGCGAUGGGGCGCUAGAGGGUCCAGGACUCAAGUGUUGUCGCCCGUCCUUGAUCUCUCACGCAGGCAAGUGCGCGUACCCGUUAAGCGUUACUCACAGGUGGAUGAGGACAACAGCGUUUGUUUCCUACCGAAGGAAGACUUUGAAGAUGAUGGAAACACCUGCUUGAAGUACUGGACAGAUGCUCAUGGUGUUGCUCUGCGCGACUCGUCCACAAACGACUUUCAGUACAAGCGAGGCAACAAAUUCUGGAUUUUUAUCACCAACGACAAUUCGGGAGAUAAUGAGAAUGUCCCUGUCAUCAACCUCCAGACCGGAGAGGAAGGGACUGUGUGCAUGGCUGACGUGUGUUGGAUGCCCAAGAUCGAAGGACCAAAUGGAGAACUAUGGACAUUAGGUGGGCCAGUUCGAAAGAUGAAGCAGGCUGGUCCUCGAAAGUUCACAUAUUGGUCGUAUGUCAUUUGUCAACAACUGGAUGAAUCCGUCGCGACUGUCAAAACAGAUCAACGCAUACCUACAGCAGAAUCUAGUCUUGCCGACCGGCGUCUACUCUCGGCUGAUGAGUCUCUGCUUCUAUUUGAAAAACGAUACUGGACUAUGGAAGCAAAGAGACCUCGGGACAUGACGGUUCCUCUACCGAGUCCUCCCAUGACACCGGCACAGCAAGCUGACGAGAAUAUCACAAAGCGUUCGGGGUACAGUGCCGAACCAUCAGAGCCGGCUGCUGAGGCUGAUAACGUCGAAUUAUGGAGGAGGAUUAUUGACAUGGCGAAGUGUUCGACGGCUACACGCAUUGGCCUUGGAGAGACUACAGCAGACACCCAAGCGAGUCCAGCCACGAGUCCAUUCAUUAGCCAUGAGGUUCGUGAGCAGUCGACUAGUAUCGUAUCCGUGGUGGAAGAUGACGAGGAGUCGUUGUGCUCAUCAACACCCUUGGCUGGUACGCCAUCACCAGGGCCGGAGCCGGAGCAAUACUGGGACACGCGUCUCACAGCAGAUGACUAUAUAGGAGCGAUAAUUCUCCAAAGCUUGUCGGAAGGCCAACACCAAAUUCCUCGCAGAACUGAGGGAGAUUUCUUGCGUAGCAUUCAAUCCGAUACCUCAUCCAACAUCUUGCUCAGCCGCGAAGAGCUCGUUAGCCUAUGCGAUCUGCGAGACCCUCAAUGCAAAUACAUCACCACGGCGACAUGCAAACACUACCACUCAUCACCCUCAAAGUGCUAUCUAGACAACGAACCAUCCAACCUCGGCACACCCUUGCCACCCCACGAACACUGCAUCUCCCGUUUAAGAGCCCUUCCCGAUAUAGUCGGACCUUGUAUCCUGGCUGACAUACCAUCAAAACGACACGCCUGCUGUUUCUGGAGAGAGGAGGAUAGAGUGGGCUGGGAGGAUAUCUAUGAGCAGCAGUAUGUGAAGUCGAAGGCGGAAAAGGCUCGACGCACGCUGGUUCAGAUGCAUGUCCAGUACCAUGAUAGGAGUCAUUGGGUUAAUUAUAAACCUCCGUGGAAUAUAGAGCCUGGGAGAUGA